AUGACAGAAACAGCAGUCUCCAAAACAAAGCAUUUAUUCUCAAACAUGACGAAAUGUCGAAAAUUCCUCUUGUUGAUGCGUUGUCUUUUCUUCAAUUUCUUGACUUUCACAUAUCCUGGUGCAUAUGACCACCAUACUAGAUCACCCGUUCGGAGAAUCGCUGCCCAUCAAGAUUACAACCAGAACAAGAUAGAUACGAUUGCGUCAUUAGUUCAGUUCCGUAAGCUCAAGGAAGCCGAACUGCGAUUCGUUCAAGGAGCGGCAACCUUGUCAGGCGCAGCAGCAAUAGGCGUAUUCUCAUGGCCUACCACAGAAAAGGCGAUAUGGGCUACCAAGAUGUUUUGGAACUGGGGCUUAUUCUUCUCCAUUUUCGCGCUUAUUAGUUCCGCUCAUCAAAGGCUCCUCCGAUAUCUGCCGGAAAAGGCCGAUCAAGAGUUUGAAGAUAAACAAAUUGAAGUGGCGCUUAGUCUUUUCCUGCGGCCAGUAAAAGGGCAACAAAAAGAUAUGAAGAAAAUAAGCUUCAAGAUGCUGUGGUUCUGGCAAUGUCCCACCAUGCUUAUGAGUUAUUCGUGGGUGUUCUUUGUGACUGGAUAUGCACUACAUUUACUCACUCCGGUUUUUGGCUCGUCAGGCGUCAAGACUUCAGAAGAGGUAUAUGGCCUGACAUUGUGUGGCUGUGGGCUGGUUGUUCUCAACUUCAUAUUCUGUGGAAGUCUUUGUCAGCACCGGCUCACCAUGGCGAGGCGCAGGUCUACGACCACGCUCAACGCCGACGAACAAGUGUGA